UGGUUCCCACAGCCGCCCUCCCCGGCGGGCUGUAGCUAGGCUACGGUCCGGCGUCCCGAGCAGCGCGGCCCCGGCCCCCGGCGGCGGCAGCAGCCACUCGCGGCGCGGAUGGCUACGGAGCCCGGGCGCCCGUGGGUGCAAGCGCGCGGCGCGUACGGGGCGAGCGAGGCGCUGAAGCGCGCGGCGGGCCGGCGGCGGGACCCGGGGCCGCAGCCCAAUGGGCCGGGCCCGGAAGAAGCGCGCGGUCCGGGCCGCCUGGCCCGCCUGCGGGGUCAGCUCCGGGCCGAGGCGGCGGCGCGGGCCGAAGCGCCGCGGCUGCUGCGAGUGGUGGAGCGCGCGGGGGCCGGCGCGGGGCCCGGGGAGCGAGCAAGCGCACGCAGCGGCGGCUCGGUGUGCUCGGUGUGUGGGGAGCCUCGCGGGGGCGCCACCUACCCGGCGGGCGUCCUGGAGGUGAGCGAGCGGCGGCUGCAGGAGGGACUGGCGGCCGUGCGCGCAGAGUUAGGCGCAGGGCUGGAGGCGCUGCGGGCCGAGCUGCGGGCCGAGCUGGUCGCCCUGCGCGCCCUGCUCCCGCCGUCGCCGCCACUGCAGCCGCCCGCACGCCGCGAGCCCCGCGCCCCGCGCCCCGCGCCCCGCGCCCAGGCCCUGCUACGCACCCUCGGCUCCGUGCAUGCCCUGGCCGCCACCUCUAGGCCCACCGAGCCCGCCCCCGACGACCCGGCCCGCAAGAACUUCAAGAAAACGCCAGUGCCGCCUGGGACCCUGCAGGGCAGCGGGGACUGAAGGGGGCCCGGCCUGGGGAAAGCGCGCGGGUGGACAGACAGCCGGGCCCUUGCGGAGCGCGUCCUGGAGAGGACGGAGACAGAGCUUGGGGGCUGCCCCAUCCCGCUGACUGUCGCGGCUGGACAGGCUGAGCUGGAGUGUCUCCGUGACAUGGGGACAUCAUCACAGAUGGCGGCCCAACCGGUUCCACUCUGCUCGUCUGUGUCCUUGGACUCAUAAGACAGUGAGUAACAUCAGCCAAGGACACCCGGCCCUGCACCAAAUGUCAGCCUGGUCUCAAGACUGCACAGCCUAACUUCCCAGAGGAUCACUGGAGUUGUUUCGUCUGGAACAGACAGCCCAUUACCAGCUGUCCUAGUCACUGGGAGGGACCCACCAGCCAGCACAGCCUGCAACAGGGCUUGGAACCAACAGCCUUUCUGUCUGACCUCUGGUUGGAAGAGAAGCCAGCUGGUGUCAUCAUAUAAUUAGUGUCCUGAGGCAAGCUUAGUAUUUUUUAAAUAAAAUAUUUCAUCUUGGGCUUUA